UGUGGCAGCGCCCGGGGCCCGGCACCGGGUAAGGCAGGGCGGCACCGGGCAGGGCGGCACCGGGCACGGCCCCCGCCGCCACCAUGGUGAAGGAGGAGUGCAAGGCGCUGCUGGACGCGCUCAACAAGGUGACCGCCUGCUACCGGCACAUGGUGCUGACCAUCGGCGGCACCUCGGACUCCCAGAACCUGCGGGAGGAGCUCAAGAAAACCCGGCAGAAAGCUCAGGAGCUGGCGGUGGCCAACAGGAACAAGCUCACCACGGUCCUGAAGGACAAAAGCGUGAGUAAGGAAGAUAAAGCCGAGUUCGAGAGGCUAUGGGUGAUUUUCUCCACGUGCCUAGAGAUCCUGGAGAUCGAUAUGAGGAGAGCCCUGGAGCUGGGCCACGAGUUCCCUCUGAACGUCCCCAAAAAGCACUUGAUCCAGACGGGCAUGAGCGGGGGAACCUCCGGCGUGGCCGCCCGCGCCAUGAGCGUCCAGAACAUGAAAUACGAGGCUGAGCACAACAUAGACGUGGUGGAUUUGAAAGACCUCGAGAACGAGAUCAACCAGGUAGGAGAGAUGAUGUACGAGAUGGAGAUGAAGGUCAAUGUCCCCCAGUGGACAGUAGAGGCUAAGCAAGACCCAGGGGCUGAACUGAAAUCCACCAUCAGCGUGGGCGCUUCCUCUAUUGGCAUGAUCUCUGUGGAGGAAAAUAAAUCCUUCUGCGAUAUCAGCAAGGUUCUAGCUGGGAUUAUUUUCACUGCUGUGCUCAUUAUCGCUAUUGUCCUGGCAGUGUGCGUGGUAAAACUGUCUUAGGGUGGUGCAAGCUCUGACACGAGCGACCGACCCCUCUCCAGCCUGUCUCUGGAGUGUUUCAUGCCUCACCUUCACUUCCAAAGUGUGUUACUUGGAUCAACUGAGAAUUUUAAACGAGCACUUGAAAGAACAAAGCCGAACUUUUGCCUCUGGAUAGCCUAAAAUGCACUAUUUGUUUCUUCUAUGCUUUUUGAAGAAAAGGGAUGCAAAUCAGCCUGCAGAAUAGAAUGUCUUCGUUUACUGGACUUGGAACAGUUAAGCGAAGUACCAGGGUAUUAUCACUACUGGCUGUAACAGGGAUUUGCCUGCUAUUAAUAGGUCAAUAUUCUCAGAAGCCUGUGGUUUUUGUUCUUCACUAGGCUCUGGUGUUUGCUGCUGGUCACUGUUUACAGUAUAGGAGGGUAACAUAAAUUUGAUGGCUAACAUGGGUGUUUUGUCUGACCAAGUGAAUAGAAUUCAUCAAAUACAAAACGUAUUUCUUGAGCAGAGGAAAGGGCUAAGGAUGAAAACCCCAAUACAAGAAUGUAACCCAGCUCUAUUUUAAAUAAGUUAAUGGUUGGGGAGGGGGGAGAAAACAGAACGAUGUUUGAUACCAAGUACUGUUUGUUGAUUUCGACUGGAGUGUACGGAACCCAGUUGCAUGAAUUGGCACAGCACAUGUCAAUGACUAAUCGCUUUCCAAAUCCAGAGAGAAAAAAGGGAGAGUUGCAUAUUCAGAAAAAUACUAGCAAGCCUCAUGGUUUUCAUUCACAUUUACCACGAUUUUAGCUUUCCCUGCAGGAAGACUGAUUCUUGCUACUGAUUUUAAUUUUUCUUUCUGAAGCAGCAAUUUGUACUCUGUGAUUAAUUAUGAAAACAGGAGCAAUGAAUCUACCCACAGCAGAUGCAGUAACAUGGGAAAAUAGAUUGUAGCAAAAAGAAAUGAUGUGAAGUUAAAGCAGACUUUCCCAAUGGGAUCCCCUCUCCUGUUGACACAGAGGGACUGAUGGUUGUAUGUGUACAGCCACAUUUCUGCAAGCUCCCAAACAGCAGAAAUCCAGACAAAGUUAAAAAUGUGUCUCAGUUUCAUAUCUCAGUCAUUUCUGAUUAAUCAUCUGGGAAACGGGAAGCCUGUAGGAUUGGUUCCAUU